UGCCAUGGUUGCGACAGCUGUGGUCCGAGUCCUUUCCCUGCCCGGCGAGUGCGAGGGCCCAGAGCCUGCAGUUUCCUGCAGUGGCCAUGGCAGCUAUGGCAUGGUGGUGGAGAACAACGUGGGAACAGCCAUUGAGGUGGAGUUGGACAAAGAGGUCAAGGUUCUCUACCCUGGGAAAAGUUGCAGCUUUGACAUCACCCGAGCAUCUGAGAAGCUGAUGAAGGUUCACUGCAGGGAUGAUCCCAGCAUCUGUGGGACUCGGCAGGUCGAAGAUAUCUCGACCCUCCGUGCAUCGGAGAGUUUUGGGUCGUUUGGCGGUGAGGUCGCUGAUUUCGUGCAAAAGGAGCAGCAGCAGGUGGAACGAGAGAAAUCCUUGUUGCAGGAACGGAAAGACAGGAUGGAAGCCUUUCUUGAAAAAGAACGCCGCAAAAAUGCGUUUUGUGUCUUGGCUGGUUCUUUGUCCUGCACAGCACUGUUCUUGGGCCUGCUGGUGCUAUGGAGUUGUUUGGACCCGCAAGAUGAGGUCUCUGCACUGCUCCUGUCCUUGGGAGUGGUGCUGUCGCUGGCUGCCCUGUCCUGGUGCAGCUGGCUGGCUCAGGGUUUUGGUCUCAACUAUCCAGGUCCACGGCGGAAGAAGUUGGCAUAUUAUGGAAGCUUCGGCUGUUCCGUGCUGGGCGGCCUUGCUGUAACCAUAGCCAUUGUGAGGUAUGUGCUGGCCGGAUUCUGGUGGACCGUGUUGGCAGCUGGGUUGCCGUGCUGUUGCCUAUCGAUUGUCAUGUGUAUGGCAAAUUGGGACUCCUCGGAGAUAUGGGAGAUUAUCCAAAAAGAGUCGGUGUCCGAACGGACCAUCGUCUUUCGCGGAAAAGUUUUUCCAGGCACCGGCAAGUGCGUUUGCUCAUGGCCAGGGAAAUACGAGUCUGCCUGGGACGCCCUGGUCACAGGCAGCCGCAGGGGCAACAUCAGCGCGGCGGUGGUCUUCCUGCCCGAGGGCUCGGAGCAUUUCGGCCAACACGACCCCAUCCCGGAAAACGAAAAGCUACCGGGCAGUUGCUGGUGCGUUCCCCUUUAUGGGGAACCCAAGCCGUGGGGUUGCCAUUGGUGGACAAAGUGGAUAGCAAACAUCGAAAAAGCACACGAGGAAGGUGCAGAAAUGGAGGUGUACUUUUUCAAGGGCAUGAAGGGUAGAGGCAAGGUUCGGAAUUUCUCGACUGCUGGCAAAGAGAACUUGAGGCGAGAAGCUAUUCAAGAGAAGAAACAAACACAGGACUUCUUGCAGUCGCAAGCAUUUCUUGAGGCAUGCCAUCAAGGAAUUGAAUGCCUUUCGACAGAGCCACGUGAAGACUCUUCCUCUCAGUAUUCGCGGGAGGUACAGCGACUCUUUUUGGCAUGGCUUCCAGAGGAAGAACGCCACUUCAUGGAGGCAUCCGAAGGCCUUGGCAAUUCGCAGAAGGCAGAAGUAGCGUGGCUUGAGCGGAAGGGCUAUGCUUACACUGAAGUGGACAUCUUCCAGUGGCUUCAGUAGCUGAUGUAGAUAAUAUUUGUAUAUAUUUCUGUAAUUUAUAUUGAUUAAUUAUAACAUUGACUUGUCCGCCGCUAAUUAUAUAGUUGAUCCAUGUUGCUCCAAGGGAGGCAGAGUUGGCCAAGCCACCUGCUGAAAUAGGUCGGACAUGGACAGAAAU